AUGGAUACCAGUGUUCCAACCACAAGUUCAGGUCGCAGAAUGCGCCUUUCUGCGGCCGAAGCUCUGAAAUUGUUUCAGUCAGAUGUUUUUAAUUCUGAUAAUGAAAAUGAAAAUUUAGAUUUUUCGGAAAGUGAUUCGGACGGUGAAUUUUUACCAGCGGCAGCUGAGCGAUCAGCUGUUAUGGAAUCCAGUAGUUCUGAUGAAUCUGAUACAGAGAAUGUUCCAUUGUUACAAUAUUUAGGAUGUAAGAGAAGGAAAGUGCUCCAAACAAAUAGAAAGACCAAUUCUGGUGAAGGAUGGGAAAGAGUCGAGGAUGGAGUUUUAUCCAGAACUUUGAAUACUUUUCGCUUUAGUCCCAAAACAACUCCAGGGGUGAACCCUGAAUUGGUGUCUGAAAGCUCAACUCCUCUUGAUUGCUUUCUGGCACUGUUUGAUGAUGAAGUACGGACUUCUCUGUUGGAUGCAACAAAUACGUAUGCCACAUUGAAGAAAACACAGAACAAUUCUGCUCGCAAACAUUCUGUCUUUGCGAGCUGGAAUAAUCUUGGAAUUUAUGAAUUGUAUAAAUUCAGUGCGGUGCAGAUGGCAAUGGGAAUCUGCAAGAGGCCGAGCAUACAGGAUUAUUUCUCCACACGAAAUGUUUUUAGCACCAGUUUUUACUCACAGACCUUCAGUUGGAACAGAUUUCUUAGCAUUUUCCAAGCAAUGCUUCAUGUGGGAGAGCCUGAUGCUGAUGGAAAACUGAAAAUUGAGCCCUUCAUCAACAAACUCCUUGAAAAGUUUCAACUGGCUUUCACUGCCUACCAAGAAAUUGCUAUUGAUGAAAUGAUUGUUGGUUUCAAAGGAAGAUGGCAGUAUAAGCAAUACAAUGCCACAAAGCCUUCCAAGUAUCACAUCAAGAGCUUUGGCUUGGUAGACAGUAAAACCAGUUAUGUUGUCAAUCUGCUGACAUAUUACGGAAGCACCACAUCGUACAAUCCAACAAAUGAAAAUGAAAGCAGCCAUUCUAUACAGGUCUUCGACACAUUGCUAAGGCCUCUAGGAACUGCAUAUCAUAUCUUUGCAGACCGGUACUACACAACAAGAGUGCUCGUUGACCAUCUUCUGAAACAGAAGCAGUAUUACACCGGAACUGUUCAGCGUGGCCGCGUAGGGUUUCCGCAGUGGAAUGAUAAACUGCAGCAUAUGGCAUCAGAGUAUUUUUCUAAUUCCACAAGGUCAAUGCUGGCAGUCAGCUGGAAAGAUAAGAAGGCUAAGAAAACCUGUCCUAGUGUCAUCGACACAUACAACAACAAGAUGAACGGUUGUGACGUAGCUGACCAACGUCUCGGGUACUAUGGCCUGCACACCCGUAAAACGAAGCAGUGGUGGAAAAAGCUCUUUCAGUGGAUCAUGGAAAUUUGUUACAUCAAUGCAUAUGUUCUGUAUAAGGAAACCAGGCCAAGAACAACAAAAAUUCCACUGAAAGACUUCAAGCUCAAGCUGAUUGAUGAGCUACUCAUUGCAGCUGCUGACACCCCAGUCCAGCGUCUUCAACCAGGCAUGCAUUUGGUUGGUUAUGUAAAGCAGGACCGCCGAUGUGCAGUGUCUAGUACACCUGCUAAACCUAGGAGGACCAACUACAUCUGCGAAGGAUGUGAUA